AUGGGCUGUGGAGCAUGCAUGCACUAUUAAACUUUUUAAGGUUUCUAACUCAACACUCCCACUAAAGGGACAGAGCAAAAAUAGUGACGUCAUGAGAAUUUCGAUCCAAAAGGUUGGACCAUCCCAAAUAAACCGCUUGCCACCCUGGCUAUGUUUCUCACAGGUGCAAUGCCGUUAUUCUUGCCUGAUUCAGAUCUUGCACGCAUUCCGCCUAAGGAUCACCCUUCUCAGAUAUGCUGAGAGAUAAAGCACUGGGCCUUUUGAUUGCAAUAUGCAGCUCUGGUUAUUCCAAAGUAAACUGCUGUUGCUGUGCAUAAUUUCUCAAGAGAAAACCCAACCCACAGAUAAAAUUCCAUGAAUUAGAGAAAAUCAGCAUAAUCCUCUCUAACCGAAUGACAUUUUAUUUAAAAUGGGUGGUCAAGCACAGAUUCCAACCCCCCCCUACCCCCACCCCCCAGUUUGGAUGUAUACAUCACACCCCCACUCCUGUAUGGAUCACAUCCCCACCCCCUCAGAUAGUUUGUAUGGAUCACACCCCCACCCCCUCAGAUAGUAUGUAUGGAUCACACCCACACCCCCCUUGCAUCUAUGGAUCCCACCCACACCCCCAUUCCAUUAAUAGAUGCUACCCCCACCCCCCAUCCCCCCCUAUAUAAUGUAAACUGUAUUAAAGGCAAAUAAAACGUAUUAAUUGCUCACAGCAUAAAAAAUUCAAAGUCAUAUGGAUGAUAAAAAAAAAUCGGAUACAGUUUGCUAACGAGGAAGCAUAUUUUCAAUGAACCUUCAAGCACAUACCUCGUGUUUUAAAUCAUAUAAAGGUCAAAAAUUUCCAAAGAAUGCAGGCUAGCUCCCCCCACCAUUUAAUAACGAACAAAACAGUCAUUUUUUUCCCUAAAACUUUUUCCUUAGGCCCAUUUAAUACCGAAACAAAAUUUACUAUAAAAUUUAUAUAAGCUAAUUUAGUCUUUACAGUUUACUAAUUUUAAGUAGUUAGAGUAAGAUAAAGACAAGCAUAAUCAAGCAAAGAGUAAUAAAUAAGAGCUAAUAGUGGCUUAAUCUUAAGAUGGUGCUUUACUCCCCCCUCCGUAAGAGAACAAAAAAAUAUCGUUUGCUCACGAAGGAGAUUUUUUUAUUUUUAAAUUUAUAUAUAAAUUUAUAGAAAUAUUAUUUUUACGAAAUUUAAAAAAAUCCUAAUUCGCAAAAAUUGGAAAGCAAAUAUUAAUUGAAUUUGUAAAAUUUAUGUUUUAAAACGCAAUUUGUUUAAAAUUAAAAAGAAUUAGGCAGAGAUUUCAUUAUAAUAAUUAUCGCUUAUAUAUCAAACUUUUUUUUCCAUAAAAAAUUUUUCUAUUAAAAAAAUUUUUGUUUGCCCACGAAGAGUGAGGGACUUUUCUAAUGGUUUUGUUCGCUCACGGAGGGGAGGAGUUAGCAAUAGUUAUUUUUUCGCAUAUUUAGGCGCUUUCUCUUUAUGUUGCCAUCAUUUGACUUUUUUAUUAUUAACCCUUUUUUGAAAUUUUUAUAUAAAAAAAUCAUAGAUAUUUAAUAUAAAUUUUAUAUAUUUUUUUUCCCAAGAAUUUUAUAAUUAGACCCAUUUAAUAACGAACUAAAAAGUGUUCGCUAUUAAAUGGGGGGAGUAAAAGACUUUAUAGAGAUAUCAAAAUAUUUUUUGAGUCAUUUAUUGAUUCCUUUCUAUGUAACAAGUUUUUUGCAAGUAUUUUAUUUUAAAUGUAUUACUAAUAUAUUGGCUAUAUCAGUCUAUGCUAAAUAUACUUAUGAUCAUUAAUAUUUAUUUAUGAAUCUAUUUAUGAAUCCAUUUAUGAAUUACUAAAAUUUUAUUGUAUGUCUUAUUUGUAAGAUUUUAUACUUAUAUGUUUACCUUUAUGAUAGAGGGGGUGGGGGUGGGGGUGGGGGUGGGGGUGGGGGUGGGGGUGGGGUGGGGGUGGGGGUGGGGGUGGGGGUGGGGGUGGGGGUGGGGGUGGGGGUGGGGGUGGGGGUGGGAUCCAUGCAUGGGGGGGAUAGGGGUAGGGGUAGGGGGGUGGGGGGGUGGGGGGGGUUGGCAUCUGUGCUUGACCAAAUGGGUUGUGGUGCAACAUACCGUGGACCUCAAAAACCUAUAUAUAGUGCAGACAUAAGCUCGCAAAGCAUUACAAUUUUAGGAAACGACCCAAAUAUGCCUCAGAAUUUCCCUCCCACCGGAUUUAUUUCUGUUCAAGGUGAAACAUAUUUUGAUGACAGAGAAUUUAUCAAGCAAAGCCAAAUAAUGCAUUUGAAAGAAAUAAACUUCGUUACCCAAGAAUAUGUCGUUGGGUUCGAAGUUGGGUAUUAUAUUGAUGGGGCAAGCAAGCUGCUUAAACAUUAUAAUAAAAAUCCUGGACAAGUUGUCCAUAAAGCAGUUAUGAAUGGAUUUGAUAGUAUAAUUUGGAUUGAAAUUACAUAUGGGAACGGAUUUAUCUACUCUGUAAAAAUGAAGACGUUAAAAGAAAGAGAAAUUUAUGUUGAAGGAACCAAAGGAAAAGGUCCAGAAACAAAAACAGUUAGCCUAAUUGAGGAUAAAAAGGCAAUUACAGGAUUUAAAGGGAGGUAUGACAAUUAUUUGAGGUCUCUGCAUACUUAUUCGUGGAGGAUUUUAAAAAGAUAA